UAAAAGAGGUUGUUUUUUGUCAAAUAAGCUCAAUCGUGCUUUAAAUUUUCACAGAUUUUCACAAAGUUUAAGAAGUUUCCUAGACUUCGGCCAACGUGCACAUAAGUAAAAUGUUCCGAAGGAUGUUUGUGGUGGAAAAUUAAAUGCAUUUUUAUUUCGAAUUGGCGACGUAAACUCAGUGCUUAGCGCGUGAGAAUUGACAGCUGCUGCUGUGUGUUGUGUGUGACAUUUGUUGUUGUGUGUCUGUCGGGAAAAAAGUAUUGUUUUCAAUUGAAUUGAGAGAACAAUCGAACAAUCUCUCUCGCAAAGCCCAUUCCGCGGUGUUGUUGUUAUUCUUGUUUCAAAACAAAAUAGAAACUCCAAAUUGUUUCUCAAGUGCCAAUAUAAAUUAAUACAAAUUUACGUUAAUACACAAUUGCCAAUAAAAUUAAGUAUUUAAGACAUAGCCCUGCUAAAAGAGAACAACUAAAGACAAAAGAAAAAGACAAAUAUGAUGUUCUAUAGCUUCGCCCAAGCAUCCGCUAUGAUGGUGUCGUCCACCGCAGUCAUCUUUAAAUGCCAAUCUAAUGUAUAGGAAAUAUGUUCGACUAAAUGCAGUGUUUUAAGCAGCAAUCGUAUAUUGCACAUAGUGAUCCUCAGGAUUCUUUGACGGCCACGAAUUUUCUGCUAUUUGAAAAUUCAAACAUUCCAAUUUGUGGCAGCGGUCUGUACAAUUACCAAACGCCGCAACAUUCCCCGGUCAACAAGCCACAGACAGGAAACACUAGCGACAACAGCAACUGUGAUAAUUAUACUCCCAUAAUAACGCCCAACACGACAAUCCCUAACGCUAAUAAAAACAACAAUAACUCGUCCUCCUCACCUUUGUCAUCAUCCCCCUACAAUUCACAACUUGUACAAAUGCCACAUUUCGGUUUGGCCGGUGGUCCUGGUAUGGCCAAUAAUGCCUACGCUCAAACACCACCUAGUCCGCCAUUGCACCAUGCCGGCGGCGGAGGAGGUGGUGGUGUCGGCGGAGGUGGUGGUGGUAAUGGCGGUCUAAUGCCACCCAGUCCCCCACAUCAUCCUGGUCACAAUCCGCAUCAACAGCAGCAACAGCAGCAACAACAGCAACAUCAUGCACAUUUAGCCAUGAUACCUAGAGGUAUGGGUGGUGGCAAUCCCGGCGGUGGGGGUGGAGGAGGGGGUUCAAUUAUGUCCACAGGACUAAACACAUCGGUUAGCUCAAUAUCAUCUGCCACAUCAUUUCGAUCACACAUCGAGGAGAAAAAACUAACCCGCGAAGCCAUGGAGCGUUAUAUGAGAGAACGCAAUGAUAUGGUCAUUGUAAUACUUCACGCAAAGGUUGCCCAAAAGUCGUAUGGCAACGAAAAACGUUUCUUCUGCCCUCCACCCUGCAUUUAUUUAUUUGGCAGUGGCUGGCGUCGGCGUUACGAGGAAAUGCUGCAAAAAGGCGAGGGAGAGCAGGGAGCCCAAUUGUGUGCCUUCAUUGGCAUUGGCAGUGCAGAUCAGGAUAUGCAACAGUUGGAUUUGAAUGGCAAACAGUAUUGCGCGGCCAAGACAUUAUUCAUCUCCGACUCAGACAAACGCAAACACUUUAUGCUAUCGGUGAAAAUGUUCUAUGGCAAUGGUCAUGACAUUGGGGUCUUCAACUCCAAACGCAUCAAGGUGAUCUCAAAGCCUUCCAAAAAGAAGCAAUCUCUGAAAAAUGCCGACCUAUGCAUAGCCAGUGGCACCAAUGUGGCCCUAUUCAAUCGGCUGAGGUCCCAAACUGUUUCUACGCGUUACCUUCAUGUUGAGAAUGGGCAUUUUCAUGCCUCCUCCACGCAGUGGGGUGCAUUCACCAUACACCUACUGGACGAUAAUGAAUCGGAAUCGGAGGAGUUUCAAGUUCGUGAUGGCUACAUACACUAUGGUGCUACAGUGAAAUUGGUUUGUUCGGUUACAGGCAUGGCUUUGCCACGUUUGAUCAUCCGCAAGGUGGACAAACAAAUGGCCCUGUUGGAGGCCGAUGACCCUGUAUCACAGUUGCAUAAAUGCGCCUUCUACAUGAAGGAUACGGAUCGUAUGUAUUUGUGUUUAUCCCAAGAGAAGAUUAUACAGUUCCAGGCAACACCUUGUCCCAAGGAACCCAAUAAGGAGAUGAUAAACGAUGGUGCCUGUUGGACGAUCAUAUCGACGGAUAAGGCUGAAUAUCAGUUCUAUGAAGGAAUGGGACCUGUAUCUUCCCCUGUUACGCCUGUCCCUAUUGUCAAUUCCCUGAAUCUCAAUGGUGGUGGAGAUGUUGCUAUGCUUGAAUUGAGCGGCGACAACUUCACACCGCAUUUACAAGUUUGGUUUGGCGAUGUUGAGGCCGAGACAAUGUAUCGUUGUACGGAGACGUUGCUGUGCGUGGUACCAGAAAUAUCACAAUUCCGUGGCGAAUGGUUAUGGGUUCGACAACCCACUCAAGUGCCUAUAUCGUUAGUACGCAAUGAUGGCAUCAUUUAUGCAACGGGGCUUACCUUCACCUACACUCCUGAGCCGGGACCCAGACCGCACUGCACCCAAGCGGACGAUGUGAUGCGUUCGCGCAUUAAUAACAACAACAUAGCGACAAUGAGUAAUAACAACAACAACAACAAUAACAGUGUUAGCACAGCACAUUCGCCAGGUGAUGCUGGACUAAAUGCCAAUCAUAUGCAACAACAUGGCCAACAACAGCAGACUUUACCCUCAAUGUCAGAAGUGCAAUGGAAUGCUCAUGCAGGCGGCUUAUCCUGAGUGCUGGCCAGCAUUUUUGGUUGGCAUUUCGAAAUCAUUUUGUAACCCUUGUAGGGGUUUCCCUUUUUGCUUGAAUAUUUAUUAUUUAAAUUUAGUUUUAAAGUUUCCAUCCUCAAAACCCCACCCCCACACCCAAAACCCCAACCAUAUCCCAGAAAAAUCUUGUCAUUGCUAAAGUUAAAUUAAGUUUUUAAAAUUUACCCAAAUUAGUAUUAUUUAGACCUUUUUUUUGCAUAUUUUUAUAAUUUAGUAAUAUUUUAAGUAAAUAUUGUAAAUAGCAUUUUGAGCAAAAGCAAAAACACAUGUCGUCAUUUCACUGUGUAUUUUUUUUAAAUAUUUAUGUACCAAGGAAAGAACAAAAGCAUUUUACAUAUACAAACACAUCCCAAAUUUAUACAUAUAUACACUUACAUACACACACACACACACAUAUAUAUUUAUAAAUGAUAAGAUCAAUUUUUUAUAUGAAUAAAAUGUUGAGAUAAUGUAAACAACUUUAUGUGAGACACAUAAGGUUUUAAAUUUUAUAAUAGAUAAGAGUUCUUCUUAGACUAAGACCCCGAUAAUGUUUAACAACAACAACAACAAGAAACCACCAUCAAACAGUAAAAAAAAGACAAAAAAUCAUACUUUUAAUUUAUUUUAAAACUAUAUAUAUAUAUAUUUUGAAGAAAUGAAGAGUAACAAAGAAAACAAAAACUAUAUUCCACCCUAUAAAGAACCCACAAAUACAGUAUAUACA